AUGAGCUACAUGCAGAGCAGUUGUGCCACCUCGCAGGAGAAAAGUGACAUGUUUGUCACCUCGUUAGACGUUUUUAGUAGGCGAGCAUACUUUGACCCAUACACAACUCACACUGACAUUGAUGUGCCUCCCGCUAUUCCGACUUUGACAAAGGCACAGAUCGACAAAUCGCCUGUGGGUGUUGCGUUUCAUAACGCGCGUACAUUAGAUGGUGGCGCCGAGCAAAGCGUUACCGUCGAUGAAUCUGCGGUAUCGAAAGUGAAGCGUUUUUCUACACCCGGCGCUUUCGCGGCUGCGAAUUCGGUAUUUGAUUUUCUAAAGGAAAAUCUGGGAGGAGUCGUGCUUCCAGACGAUGGAGUAGGCAGGGACGUGUUGUUUGAACGACGUCGGUCUUUCUUCGUCUCCCUCUUUACCAUAGAGGAAGAUGUGCAAACUGCUCUUCCGUGUCGAUUCUCUACCAACGACGUUGAUAACGUAUUUCGCAGCGCCUCCGACGAGUCCCUGACCUCGACAGAGCCAUACAGAAAGCGGCUAGCCGCGCUCGAACACCUUCGGGCUACCCUGGACUGCUGA